CCCUCUUUCGCUAGCACUUGUGUGCUUGUGCUGCUUGUGUUGAGGUUGAGCCAGUUGAGCUUUAACAUCAGGUGGGGAUUGUCGCACAUGGCGGUUCGUAGCCAUUUGGUGUUGACCUGAGUACUUGCUUUAAUUCCUGCACUAGUAUUGCAGUGCGUUCAUUUUGUUGGCAACUGUCUUAAGCUUCCGGACCGCGGCAAAAGCAGCUGUUGAAAACGGAUCGCUCGAGCUCAACACACAGUACUCUCCCACCAGCGGUCCGACAUUUUCUUUUUAUAUAAAUGUCGAAUCGAGUGCUGAAGAAGCUCCAAGGCGUGAAUGAAAUUGGGAAAAUUGAUGCUCAAUCGGAAACAGAAGAUGAGGCACCCACUGUGGCUGUCAGUGAUGCUCGAAAGAGCAGGCAAGCGGCUGCAAACCGUUUUGAGCUGCUCACUGGGCUGUCAGCAGAGCUAUCUCUCUCAGACACAGCCAAAGAGGAUGAUGACCGAGAGAAUGAGCCACCUCCUGCUCGGGCUGCCACAGCAGAGGCUCCCCACGAGAGCAUGCUGCUUGCAGAUGAGGUACCGAGGAGCAAACUGGAGAAGCAAGACUCCACACAGAGCACUGACAGCCUUAAGCGUCGCAAGAAGAAAAAGAAAAAGAAGAAGCAGCUGAACAGUCAGCAUAGCCACGAGGACAGGCUACACCACAACCAGGAGGAUGAAGUAGCAGCCAGCGUGCGGGAGGUAAACCGAAUGCUGGGGGAGCCCGAGAAUCUGCCUCACGUUGCUGCUGUUACUACCACUGUCUGUGGGCCUACUAGGGCAGAGAAGAGCCUACUUUCAGUAGAUCAGCGCAACCUCAAUCCUGAGAAUGAGAUGCGGAGAAUCUUUGGCUCCAGAGUUGUCCAGUCUGAGCAAGCGAAACGACGAGGAAGAGGACGUGUGUAUGGCCGAACAACUGUCUUGGUGCCUGGCAGGAACUGGCACCACAUUGGAAAGCCUGGAAUAACCAUGGAGCUCCUGGAGACGCGAGGUGAUGUGCACUUCUUCACUUUUGAGCACUCAAAAUCCUACCAGGCAAUCCAGUUUCAAUUCUUGGAUGCAGUAGAAACAUUCAACCCAGACAACAUAGUGGCAUUACUGAACCAGCAUCCAUAUCAUGUAGAUUCGCUGCUUCAGUUCAGUGAUGUUUGCAAGAUGAGUGAGGACCUUCAAAUGGCUGCUGAGCUUAUAGAGCGGGCGCUCUAUUGCUUGGAGUCAUGCUUUCACACGCUCUUCAAUGUCACACAAGGGAACUGCCGGCUUGACUAUCGCCGCAGUGAGAACAGAUCGUUCUUUCUGGCUCUCUUCAAGCAUUUAAACUUCGUUGGACAGCGGGGCUGCUCACGGACUGCACUUGAAUUCUGCAAGCUGCUUUUGGGGCUUGACCCAGACAAUGACCCGCUAUGUGUGACGCUACUUCUGGACUACUAUGCUAUCCGUGCGGAGCAGUACCAGUACCUGGUGCGGCUGUACCGUGAGUGGGAUGCUGAACGCAACCUCUGCCAAUUGCCGAAUUUUGCCUUCUCUGUGCCGCUGGCCCUCUUCCACAUGGCACGGGCUGGUGCCACUGAAGACACCGUGUCAUCUGCUGAGCUAGAAGCAGACAAAAUGCUGCAAGAAUCGCUGAUCAUGUUCCCUGGUGUACUCUUGUCGCUGCUGGACAAGUGUGGUGUGCAGCCGGACAGUGAAGUGGCCAAGCACACAUUCUUUUCUGCAACAGCACAGGCACAGCAGCCCGCUGCUCUCAAUCAGCUGCAGUGCCUCUUUGUUGGGCGUAACUAUGUGCUCUGGAAAGAACCAGAGGUGCUGGCCUGGCUGGAGCGUAAUGUCCGUGCUGUCCUUAAGCGUGUCGAUCAAGGGGACUCCUUGGUGGCUUCCGCAGCAGAGAAGAGAGCGAAACGCUACCUGGGUGCACCACGUAACCUCUGCCGUCACAUCAUUCUUUCGAACAUCCAGGAAGCCAGUGUGACGCUACCUCAGGGACUGUCAAGCUCUCCCAUCUUUGGCUUUGACCCCCUGCCACCAGUUGAUGCUAUUGUGAGCUACACACGCCCACAAAGGACACAGCAAGCAGUAGACGAGAGCAUGAUGGGGGCCUUCUUUCGAUCACUCUUGCCAAGCUUUAAUUUGCCCCAGGAGGUGGUAGGCAUCGACGUGCGGAAUCCCAUGGUGCUGGUGGAGCCUGAGCCAGCUGAGCACGGUGCAGCAGGUGCUGCGGGGGCAGACGGGGCCAACGGCGAUGCGGGCGACCUGCGCCGAAGUGUCACGUCGCUGCUGGAGGCCAUGCGUGACCUCCUCAGCAACAUCCACCUGCCCUCGGAUGUGCCAAAUGAUGGUGACGUGGACAGCGAUGACGAGCAUGAGGACUAAUGAGCAGUAGUGGCCGAACAGGCCCAGCAAUUGCCUCCACUUUUUUUUUUUUUUUUAAAUUUUGUGUGCAUGUGUCGCGACUAUGUGAUGCUGUUUUGCCAAAAGGCACUUAUUUGUAAAUUGGACUGGCUGAGGGGAUGGCAGGUUGCAAACGCUGCUUAUGAGAAAACAUCUUCUAGCUGAACAAAGUUCCAGAUAAUUUUUAUGAUGGGCGUCUGUUUUCACUCUGAAUA